AGAUAAGUUAGGUUAUGUUAGGUUAUGAGGCGUGUUUUGUUUUUUCGAUCCCACUUGUUCCCCAUAAAACGCGAACACAAACGCGAUUUUUAAAUAAAUGAAAUGUAUCAAAAAUAAUGUGAAACAUUUUAAUUAAAGAAAAUUUAAAUUUGCAGUUUGAAGAUAAAUUUUAAGUAACUCUUGAAAUGUAUCCAACCCCCAACAGGCACCCGGCAGCGGCGGCAAAUAAAGGGAAAACCUAAAAAGUCAAGGAAAAGAGCCUCGUCUCACAAGCUGAAAAGUGAAGAGAAACCCCAUAUCCCCACAAUUCUAUGAUUAGUCCACAAUUUUUAAUGAAAACUGUGCCAUAGAAUCUUGCUGCUCCAUCACUAAAUCCCUGUCAUUAGAGUACCUACCAUUGACCAGAUACUUAGAGAUAUGUAUAGACAAGGACUGUCCCAAUCAAAGGGUCCUCCACCGCAGGGUGGACAAAUAAAAUUUACAAUAGCGGAUACGUUAGAAAGGAUAAAAGAAGAAUUUAAUUUUUUACAAGCACAAUAUCACUCAUUAAAAUUGGAAUGCGAGAAAUUAGCUAGCGAGAAAACGGAAAUGCAAAGGCACUACGUCAUGUACUAUGAAAUGUCUUAUGGCCUUAAUGUAGAAAUGCACAAACAGACUGAGAUAGCCAAACGACUUAACGCCAUUAUAGCACAAGUGAUGCCGUUUCUAGCACAAGAACAUCAACAGCAAGUUGCCAGUGCUGUCGAAAGGGCAAAACAAGUUACCAUGACAGAACUGAAUGCCAUCAUUGGGCAACAGCAACAACAGGGUCUUCAGCAGUUGCUUCAGCAAAUACACGCACAACAGCUGCCCCACGGAGGUGGUCCAGGAGGUUUGCCGAUGGGACCUCAUCCGGUGCUGCCCGGCAUGGGACCGGCAGCGGCUGCCGGUUUGCUCGGCUUCGGAGCGGGAAUGCCUCCCGGUGCUGCGCCGCAUCCCGCCAGCGUAGCGGGAUCGGCGCAUCCUCUACUGAAACCCGCCGAUCUACAUCCGCGAGUCGCCGAGGAUCUGAAACGACCCAGCAGUACGAAUACUUCUGAUGAAAGACUGAAUUCUCUGUCGCCGGGCGAUAGGGAUAAGUACCGCUCAAGAUCAUCUCCCGAAGUCGACCAGGGAGUCAAACGACGAAAGGAAGAUAAAUUAGGUCACGAGAGUGAUGGGGAGAAGAGCGAUCAGGAUUUAGUUGUUGAUGUUGCAAAUGAGGAAGCGGCAUCGCCACAUACAAACGGAGAUCAUGUGGCAUUAGGAAACUCAAGCGAUAUUCGCGAAAAUGGCGGCUCGAUCAGUGACAAGAUAAAAACGGAAAGGCCACCAAGUAGAAGCGGGUCGUCAUCUUCUAGGAGCACGCCAUCGCUCAAAAGUAAAGAUGAAAAACCCCUGACGCCCGGUUCGAAACCCCGUUCAACGACGCCUAACCUGGGAGCAGGAGCUGGUCCUCCGGGUGGUUCCAAAGCAGCCCCAGGCGGACCUCUAGGACCCUACCCCCCAUAUCCUGGUUUAGGCGCGCCGCGAACGCCUGAACACCAAAUACCCCCAUACGCACAGGCGCCACCUUACGGGCGACCUCCACCGCAAGGAAUUCCUGGAGCUUAUGACGGUCAUCCCCAUACUAGGGCUCCGCCUUUGGCUACGAACGGGUUGGGGAAUGUACCUGGAGGCAAACCGGCAUACUCAUUUCACAUGAACGGUGAAGGGCAGCUACAACCGGUGCCAUUUCCGACGGACGCGUUAAUCGGUCCAGGAAUUCCGCGACAUGCGCGCCAAAUAAACACUUUGAAUCAUGGAGAAGUGGUCUGCGCAGUUACGAUAUCAAAUCCAACCAAAUAUGUAUAUACAGGAGGAAAAGGUUGUGUCAAGGUGUGGGAUAUUAGCCAGCCCGGCAGCAAGAGUCCGGUCAGUCAGUUAGAUUGUCUGCAACGGGAUAAUUACAUCCGUUCAGUCAAGUUGCUACCCGACGGCCGAACUCUUAUUGUUGGAGGAGAGGCAUCGAAUCUCUCCAUAUGGGACUUGGCUAGUCCAACACCGAGAAUCAAAGCCGAAUUGACCUCUUCAGCGCCUGCGUGCUACGCGCUUGCGAUUAGUCCUGAUUCAAAAGUUUGUUUUAGUUGUUGUUCGGAUGGUAAUAUUGCCGUUUGGGAUUUACACAACCAAACGCUGGUCAGACAAUUUCAGGGUCACACUGACGGGGCCUCCUGCAUAGACAUAAGCUCAGACGGUACAAAAUUGUGGACCGGCGGUUUGGAUAACACUGUCCGUAGCUGGGACUUGCGGGAAGGAAAACAGUUGCAGCAGCACGACUUUAGUUCUCAAAUUUUCUCUUUAGGGUAUUGUCCGACUGGCGAAUGGCUUGCUGUUGGCAUGGAAAACUCACAUGUCGAGGUUCUUCAUGCAACUAAACCAGAUAAAUAUCAACUGCAUCUGCAUGAGAGCUGUGUUUUAAGUUUACGAUUUGCCACUUGUGGUAAAUGGUUCGUUUCUACUGGUAAAGAUAAUCUAUUGAAUGCUUGGAGGACGCCGUAUGGUGCCAGUAUUUUCCAGUCCAAAGAAUCUUCGAGUGUUCUCAGUUGUGAUAUCUCAACAGACGAUAAAUACAUUGUGACAGGAUCAGGUGACAAAAAAGCGACAGUUUACGAAGUGAUAUAUUGACAGUGUUAGUGAACUCUCUCUAGUAGUGGGACCAGAUUUCAAACAUAAUCGCGCUGAAACAUCUCCGUGUGUGAAAUGUCGCAAAAUUUUUUAGCUUAUUGUGAGGAAAAGACUUUGGAAAAGCACAGGAUCGUUAUUUUAUGUCAAAGUUUUUUUUUUUACACAGAAUAUUUUAAAGUUUUAUUCUGACAUUGGAAAUAAAUCUUUAUGUGACAACUAUACUUUUUUUUGUGUUUUAUUCAAAAACUUUUUAUAAUACAAAAUAUCAAUUCCUUACGUUAAAAGUCACAAUUUUAGCUAACACAGCAGCUCUCCUGUCAGUAUUCUGAAAUAAUGCCUUGAUAAGCCCUUUCAACUCGUCUCCUUCAAAUUGCAAUGCCAAUGGUCCUUUUCCAUCAGCCCAUCUAUCAUUAAUUUGCAUCAAACUUGAAUUCAAAACAAAACUGAGUUCGUUUAAUUUAUACCACAAAGGUACGUACAGUGCAACUUCAUUGGGAUUAAUAAACAAUUUUGGUGCUCUUGUCAGUAUUAGUUUGAUAACUUCCACUAAAUCUUCUGCAACUUUUGCUGGAAUGUCUUCAAAUUUUAUUAUGUCUCUAAUAAGGCAUCUACAUAAAGCGUUCACAAUUAUGCCUAUAUUUUUAUUGUAGACUUCAUAGGGGAGUACUUUAUGCCAAACAGUCCGGAGUAAUUCUUGUUGCCUCAAGCAUUGUCUAAUGCUUUUUUCUGUUUUUGAGUCUAAUUUUUGAAUGGUACGGCCUUCUAGUUGCGCGCCUUCCAUUAUUUCUUCAAUUUGUUUAACUUGACCAUCAAUAUAUAUCUGAAACAACUCGUGCUCUACUGAGGAGAAUUGACCAAUUUCUUUACUAAAAUCACACGUGUCUAAAACGUGUCUCAAUUGGCUGCAAUACUCCAUAUUCCAUUUUACCAAAGUGUAAGAUAUGUAUUGGCAAUUAUUUAAAAACACUGCGAUUUGUUGGGGUAGAGUUGUCAGAUAGGUUUUAUGGAAUUCAGGAACAAAAGUUAAAUAUUUUGACAAAAUGUUUGUGACAGUGGUAAAAAGACGACCGCUGCAUUCUGGUGACGCUCCUAAAGCUUUUUGGAGAAUUUCUUCACAAAAUUUCAAGAGUUCUUGGACGUUUUUUGAAAUGGCGCAUUGAGAAAACUCCAAUUCCACAUUGC